AUGCGCGGCACGCUGAUCUUUUCCGGCAGCUCAUGCCCGGCACUCACUGCCCAGCUUUGUGAGAACCUCGGCACACGUCCUGGCAACGCCGAGCUCUCCCAAUUCUCCAAUGGCGAGACGAGCGUGCGGAUCCUGACUAGCAUCCGGGAAAAGGAUGUCUUCAUCGUUCAGUCGGGAAGCCCCAAGGUCAACGAUACCAUCAUGGAGCUCCUGAUCAUGAUCUCGGCCUGCAAGGGAGGCUCCGCCAACAAGAUUACCGCCGUCCUCCCAUACUUCCCCUACAGCCGGCAGUCGAAGAAAAAGUCUCAACGUGGUGCCAUCACCGCCAGGAUGCUCGCCAAUCUCUUGAUCAUGGCCGGCGUUAAGCACGUCAUAACCGUUGAUCUCCAUGCCUCCCAGAUGCAAGGCUUCUUCAAGUGCCCGGUUGACAACCUGCACGCCGAGCCCCUCAUCGCACGGUGGAUUCGGCACAACGUCCCCAAUUGGCGAGAGGCCGUGGUCGUGUCCAAGAACGCAGGCGGAACGAAACGGGUAACCUCCCUUGCCGACGCCUUGAAGCUCAAUUUUGGCAUGGUUACAACCGAGAAGAAGCGUGGAAACAUGUGCAGCAGUGUCAUCAUCAGCCCUUAUGAUUCUUUUCAGAGACAGCCUGCGCUCGAGACAUUUACCCAAAAUCAGACCGCCCCAGCCCCAAAAGAUGAGCAAGAGCAAGCCGAUCAGCAAGUGGACGACCCGCCACCAGCAACCACCAUGCCCAUACGGUCCAGAGUCCGCGCAAACACCCAAGGCUCGCCACAACGUACCGUCGGGUUGGGUAUACGUGCGCCUGACCAAAUUCGUUCAGAUGAUCGGUCUAUAACUCCAACCCAACAGCGGAAUGGCCCAGACGGGGCAGAGGAUAGCGAGUAUGACGAUGGCCGAGCCCACGAGGUGACCCAGGGCCGUCUCAUCCGAGGCCACAUCGUCGACGACGACUUCCCGUCCCCUUCCACAUCAACAGCGGACGGAAGCGUCCGAGAGGACUCAGACCCAAUGACCAUGUCUCAUGCAUCGUCCUUCUUCGCCCCCGCCCCUGCGCCCCACGCACUGGGUGGUUCGGGUGACGCGAGUGGGGAGACAGACGACGAGGAGGCCAUCCUCAAAGAUCCCAAGAUCGAGCAUACCAUCACGCUAGUCGGCGACGUGAAGCGCCGGACCGUCUUGAUUGUCGACGACAUGAUCGAUAAGCCCGGCUCGUGGAUCGCUGCGGCCGAGACGGUCGUCAAGAAGGGCCGUGCCAAGAAGGUGUACUGCAUUGCCACCCACGGCGUCUUUGGCGGGGACUGCCUGGAGCAGAUGCAGAAUUGCGAGUGCAUCGACACCAUCGUCGUCACCAACAGCUUCCCCAUCCGCGAGGAGCAGGUCAAAAACAUCACCAAGCUCGUCAUCCUCGACCUGUCUUUCCUGCUCGCCGAGGCCAUCCGUCGCAACCACUAUGGCGAGUCCAUCUCGCCGCUUUACCAGCAUAUUGUGGAUUGA